CUCUGCCCUCAGGCACCUGGUCCGGCUGGAGGCCGUAGAGCAGGGGGCUGAGGCAGACUCAGGCGCCGGACAGCUCGGUCCGAACCCAGCACGGCCCCCUGCUAACUGGGUGGCUUUGGGUGACUCCUCGCCUCUCUGUGCCCCAGUUCCAUCACCUGAGAAUCGGGGCUGUUGGAAGGACCCACAUCCGGGGUGGCUGUGAGGGUGGCGCAGGCUGGGGCGUGGGGAGCACUCCAGUGGCGCUUCAUAAACACCUCGCGGAAGAUGAACGUGGACGCAGACACUUGUACUAAACAAACCAGGAAAAGAAAGAACACGUGCCUGUUUGUUAGGUCCCGGGUGCUUGUGACAUCUCUCUCCAUACUUGUCUGUAUUUUGGGAAUAUCUCGUAAAUUUAUUUUAAAAACUGAAUAGGGCCCUAACCGGUUUGGCUCAGUGGAUAGAGCGUCGGCCUGCGGACUGAAGGGUCCCAGGUUCGAUUCCGGUCAAGGGCAUGUACCAUGUGAUGUUUCUCUCUCAUUGAUGUUUCUAGCUCUCUGUCCCUCUCCCUUCCUCUCUGUAGAAAAAUCAAUAAAAUAUAUAUUUUUUAAAAAAUGAAAAAAAAAAAACUGAAUAGGGAUUAGCCAGGCUGGGCGGGAGGAGGGCGUUGCAGGCCGCGGGAAGAGCCGGACGCAGAGAAUCUCGCGCCGCCAACACUGAGCUGCUGCGUCCGGGCGGCGCUGGGCGAAGCAUUGAUGUUGGCACCUGGGUUUGGUGGCAAGAUCUUCGCCCUCAUCGUCUUCUCCUCCCUGCUGACCGACGGCUACCAGAACAAGACGGACUCUUCGCAGCUCCGCUGUGUCCUCAACAGCAGCAACAUGGCCUGCGGCUUCGCCGUGGGCGCCGGCUUCCUGGCCCUGCUCAGCUGCCUGGCCUUCCUGGCCCUGGACGCCCACGAGGGCCACCUCGCCUGCACCCGCUUCCGCACGGCCUUCCAGCUCCUGGACUUCAUCCUGGCCGUCCUCUGGGCAGGCACCUGGUUCCUGGGUUUCUGCUUCCUGGCCAACCAGUGGCACCGUUCGCCGCCCAAACAGUUCCUCCUGGGGAACAGCAGUGCCAAGGCCUCCAUCGCCUUCGCUUUCUUCUCCGUCCCCAUCUGGAUAUUCCAGGCCUACCUGGCCUUCCAGGACCUCCGCGAUGACGCCCCGGUCCCCUACAAGCGCUCCCUGGAUGAGGGGGGCGUGGUGCUGACCACCCUCUCCCCGCCCUCCGCCGCCAGCCCCAUCAACACGCCCACCACUGGUCCCAACAGCAUGAGUUACGCCAGCUCUGCCCUGUCCCCCUAUCUGACCACGGCGAAGGUCCCCCGCCUCGUCAUGAUGCCCGACAACUAGACAGCCCCAUCACCUCAGUAAAGAGC